AUGGAUCCCGACGGCUCUCGAGAUCAUCCUGCGGAUCAAGGAGAUGACACCCGUGUACCAGUACCAGCCAUGCUUCCUGUAGCUUCAGCGACUCCUAUUGUGAAUCAGACUACUAUUAGCACUGCUACCGAGACUCCGCUUGUUCCGGUGGAACUCUUGGACGAUACAGUGGAUGAAGCAGAAGAAACUCCUCCUUCCCUACCCAGAAAAGGAUUGCGCAACAAUCACAAUGGCCCCACAGCCACAGCCACAGCCACAACAAAUCAACAAGUAAGAGAACGCACAUCGGCAGCUGCGGCCAGACAUGGACUCAGACAGAGACCCAAUCAAGCUCAAUCCAAUCCAGCUCAAUCCAAUCCAGCUCAAUCCAACCAAGCUCAGACAGCUGUUAUUGUUCAUGAUGGUGCUGACGCUCCUCAAGCUACCGCUGCUACGUUCGCUGCUGGCCAUAAUGCCAGCAGCAUCAAUAACAACAUGCUUGAUGAAUCGGAAUCCAUGCUGUUGGUUCCAGAUGCCCCUUCGUCAGGAGGCCUUUGGACAAGUUCCAUGAUCCAUGCCAAGACAGAGGCAGUCAACGAUUCACCAGUGCCGAGCCCGCAUCUGCAUGAUAUCAGAGAGCAAGACACAGAAGCAGUCAACGAUAUUCAAGAGCAAUAUGAAGCAGACACAACCAAUGAUAACAACAACAGCAGCAACAAAAACCAGCAAGAAGAUGAGGACAACAUCACUUGCCAAAUUCCGAGGAGAAGA